AGCAGCACAGCAUCACAGCAGCCAUCUUGGUCAACACCCACUCGCUUGCUGCGCACACUACCAAAGCAGUCAGGUUGAGUGGGGGCUGUGCAGGGAGACGCCGAGACUGUGAUUGUUGCUCCGCCGCUCAGCCAUUUGCAGCAUCUUAAUCCUCUCGUCCUGCUCGGCCUCAUCGUUUAUCCACACGGGACAUUUUCUCCCGAGGACCUCUUUUUUUUUUUAAGCUCGUAAAAGCAUCUUCUCUUGGUCUCUUAGUUUUUUUCCCCCCUUUCGCUUCUGCUGUUUGCAUUCCAUCGGGCCGAGCAGCGUCUCUUUCUGCCGUCCCAUUUCGGCUCGUCGGCAGGAGGUCUCGUGCGUCUUCCCCGCUCGAUCUGUAUUCUGCAACCUCUUCGGGCAUCGGGGCGAGGGAGGCCGUCGCUGCUGCUGUCGUUGUCGGGCUCCGGGCCUCUGAGCUGAGUCACCAUGUCGGAUCUGACGCCGCAGAGCGAGGCGCCCACCCCCACCACGGACAAGAUCACACAGGCCGCCCGCGAGACCAUCUACCUGUGCAACUUCCGUGUGUCCGUGGACGGCGAGUGGCUGUGUCUGCGGGAGCUCAAUGACAUCUCGCUCACGCCCGAGCCCGAGCCGGCUCACGAAGACUCAUGGGAAGAUUUCACAGAAUUGGUGGAACAAAUGCAAAUGCUUGAUGAGUUCAAAGAUCCCAAGGACCCCAUCGCCAUCGAAAGGCUUAACCUGAUGAACAUGGCCAAGCUGAGCAUAAAGGGUCUGAUCGAGUCCGCCCUUAACCUGGGUCGCACCCUGGACUCGGACUACGCGCCCCUGCAGCAGUUCUUUGUCGUGAUGGAGCACUGUCUAAAACACGGACUCAAAAGUAAGAAGACGUUCCUCGGUCAGAACAAGUCCUUUUGGGGGCCUUUAGAGCUGGUGGAGAAGUUGACUCCUGAAGCUGGCGAGAUUACAGCUAGUGUUAAAGACCUUCCUGGACUGAAAACUCCUUUAGGAAGAGGCCGUGCAUGGCUGAGACUGGCCCUGAUGCAGAAGAAGCUCUCGGACUACAUGAAGACCAUUAUCAACAGGAAGGACCUUUUAAGCGAGUUCUAUGAGCCCAAUGCUCUGAUGAUGGAGGAAGAGGGGGCGGUAAUCGCCGGACUGUUGGUGGGGCUCAACGUCAUCGAUGCAAACUUGUGUAUGAAAGGAGAAGACCUGGAUUCGCAGGUUGGGGUGAUAGAUUUUUCCAUGUAUCUAAAAGAUGGAGGUCAUAGCAGCAAGAGCACAGAGGGCGACGGACAAAUCACAGCUAUUCUCGACCAGAAGAAUUACGUCGAAGAGCUCAACAGACAUUUAAGCGCUUCUGUGAAUAACCUACAAGCCAAAGUGGACGCGCUGGAAAAGUCGAACACGAAACUUACAGAGGAGCUUGCAGUUGCAAACAACAGAAUCAUCACAUUGCAAGAGGAGGUGGAGAGGAUGAAGGACGAAAGCUCUUACCUUGUGGAGUCCAGUCGCAAGACAUCAAAAGCAGAUGGAGCUGCAGAUGGCCAGGUACUCGGGGAGACUCGAAAACAACUGAAGGAGGAGACUCAACUCAGACUGGAUGUGGAAAAGGAGCUGGAAGUGCAGAUCGGGAUGAGACAGGAGAUGGAGCUGUCCAUGAAGAUGCUGGAGAAGGACGUUUGCGAGAAACACGACGCGCUGGUGGAGCUCAGACAGCAGCUAGAAGAUCUGCGCAGAAUCAACCACGAGCUUUCCCAUAAGUCACAGAGCUCAGACAGCAGCGUGAAACAGAAGACUGAGAUGAUCGGUCGCUUCGAGGAGAAAACAAACCAGAUGGCGAAUACUAUUAAACAACUGGAGAACAGAUCUAAGCAGGCCGAGAAGCAGAGGGACCUGGCUGAGGAGGCUAACAAGCUCUUCAAGCAGGAGUUCGGGGACAAGAUCGAGAGUCUGCAGCAGGAGGUGGAGCGAUUACGGAAGCAGAGGAGCAGUUUGGAGCAGGAGCUGAGGAAGGAGCGAGAGCGGCGACUAGGUCCGAAUUGUGAUGCCCUGCUAGGAAAAACCCCUCCGCACAGAGACAUGAUGCAGCAGGUGGAGGACAUAAGAAAGGAGCUGGAAACGGUCAGGAACGAGAAUGACGCACUUCGAAAUGUGCUGGAAGAGAAGACGAGUCUCGGCUCAAAUUUGUCCCUUUCACAUGAAGACCAGCAGGAUCAGUUCCUUCAUGAGGAGCCAGAGCAGUGUAUCUGCCCAAAGUGUGAACACACAGAAUCUCUAACCAGACCAAAGCAGGAGUGUAAAAACUGCAGAGGAGUGUUCUGCGAGAGCUGCAUGAUGAACGAACUCCCCCUGCCAUCCUCCAUCACCCCAGAACCCGUGUGCGACCAAUGCCACGCCCAGUUACUUCAACAGUACGCCUCCAACCCAUCCUGAGUCCGACGCUUCUACGUCUGUCAUCAGUCGAGAAUCUCGAAACUGGAGCUCAUCUGAGUUUAAACGUCAGUUUAGUGCUGCUGGCUUUUCUGUUUCGCUCUGCUUUGUUUAGGGGAGUUGAUUCGUACAUAUUUGCAUCAGAUCUAGUAUCAUGUUGCAGGUGAGUGACGUCCACCGAGUGGACUUGACCUAUUCGGUUCUUGUACACACGAAACUGACAACCUGAAUAGCUGUGAUUAAGUAUCAUGCCAAAAUGUAGUGGUGCACUGGUCAGCCUUUUAUUGAUACUAUACGAAAUAGUGCGAAAUAGGAACUCGAUAGCUGGGACAACAGGAUCUGAAAAGAAGAAAAACACAGAACCGAGCUGACCUGGGGUAUGUGUGGUGGGAUAUGAACUGACAACCUUCUGAUUACUAGUCACUAUACAAUUACAGUUGCACUAUAUCAUCUGUAAGUCUGAUUAUGAUCCAUUUGGAACGAAUACACUCUAUAGAAGCUUUACAAGACUAUUAUAGCCAUGACCGUAUAGCCAUAUGGUGCUUUACCUUUCUAAAAGAGGCAGGAAAUUGCUCGAAAUCAGUAGAAUUAACACUUAAUUAAACAAUAAAAGCAUAAUAUGUAUAUAAAAUAUGUAUAUAAAAUGGGAAAUGUACUUAAAUCAGGGGGCCUUUUCAGCCUGACUGACAUUUACAUUUGUAGCAUUUAGCAGAUGCUUUUUUUGACAAUUAGCUAAUGAAUAAACUUUUGCCUCUGUAACGUUUUUUCUGUUCUCAUCUACAUCACAAGUAAGAACCGCUCACGAUUGACCAAAGUGAACCAGGAGUUUAUAUAACGUGCUGAUAGAAUCGACUCAGAUGUGACCGGGUUGAAUUAUCUUUUUAAAGUAAAUAUUACAAUCAGCAAAAUUACAUCGUAUGUAUGAUGCACAACGUUAAUGAUGUUAUUUUAGGUCAUGAAGAGCUUUCACGAUGGUUUCUGUACGAUUGUUGAUGAAUGGUGAUGUGAUGGUUGGCGCUUCGUAGCUCAAAGUCUGGAUCGAUCCACUGAGCUGUUAACUUAACGUGAUCUUUAUAUAUCACACGAUCGGAUCGGCUACUUUUAGGAAAUAUCGGCCGAUCGCCGAUAGCAUAUUUUGAUUAAAAAUCGGCUGAUACCGAUUCGUAGCCGAUCGAUCGUCCCAUCUCUAGUGUACAAUACAAUAAAAUUCUUUGUCUGUAUAUCUUAGAUUGUUUGGAGCUGAAGUCAGAGCGCUGGGUCAGUCAUUGUAAGGGUUUUGCUCAAGGGCCCGACAAUGCCUGCGACUCGCCUUCUAUUCGGUAACCCACGGCUGUACUCUCUAAGCUAUCACUGUCUCAUUUGUUUGUACAGUGGCCUAAUGGUGGAUUUAAUUGGAGACGAUUAGAUGGGAGCUGGAGGAGGGGGUCGGGGAGAGUAAAUCUACUUAAGGCAAAUCAUUAAUCAUUCUGAACAGUAGUUAUUAGGGUGAAUCUUUGCCAGUUUUUUUGUUGUGUUGAACAUGAUGGCGAACAGGUUGAGACUGUCAUGUAAAUCCUCUUACACAUAUGAAGUAUGUUUGGUGAAUAAAUGGUUCCCCCAUUCAUAUGUUGUACACAUAAUUUUGACUCGCGCUCUAUUUUUAACUUUUAUUUCUACAAGUAAAAACGCUGUAUUUAAUUACAUAAGCACACUGUUUUGUCUUCAAUUUUGUCUACUGUGGAUUUUGGAUGUCUUUUCCUACAUCCCAAGCAGAUGAUUGGCUACUCUGGAUUACCCCUUGAGUGUGUGUGAAUGUGUGAUGCCCUGUUUUAGAUUGCCAUCCCAUCUGGUGUGCACCCAUCCCCUGCAUCCAGUGUUUUCAGAAUAGACCCUGGCCGAAGGUAUUCGCCCCCUUUUUUCGGACUCCCAGCCAAGCUACGAACUCGAUCUGCUGAUCAAAAACGUGCAGGUCUUACGUUUAUGACGUCUUCAGCUGUGGCGUGAUAGGGUAGACCUCUCAUGUGAAUGUAAUUAGCGGGAAGAGAGAGAGUGCCGGCUGUGAAGUUCCAGUCCAGUUGAAUCAUCAUUAAAGCUCACUCACUCCUUUGUGGGCGGCAUGCUGUGUUUGAAUCGUCUCCCCUCCCUCGACCGUACUGGGUCUGAAUCUCGCUCUUCUUGCUUGGAAAUACCUCGAUGUACCUGUUCAUGAGGUCAACAGAGAUACAUGUGCAGCGCCUCGCCAGCCAUCUCCCGAGAUGCAAACUGCACGAACGCGUCGCCUGAACUUCUGCCCAAGCGAUCCGUCACCAGCGUGACCCCGUCCUUCACGACGUCCAGCCCUGAACGAAUCGCGAGGUCCCAGAUACUGCCUGUGCAUCUCCAAAGCCUUGCUGACGUCCUCCUCGUGCUCCAUCUCCACGAAGGCCUGCCCGUUCGGCUUCCCGUUCCUGUGAUGCAUCAGAUGGAUCCCGUUCGCGCCUCCACGGAUCCGACACUCUGCACCGACGCGGUCCAUUUAAUUAACGGCACGAAAGGAAACGAAUGAACUCGCUUCGAUCUUAAGGACAUCCUGGCACUUACCAGAGAAGAACCGCAUCAGGUCCUCGGCGCCGCAGGACCACGGCAGACCCUUAACACGGACGAUGAAGACUUCCUUCUGCUGACUCUCCUGAUCAGGGUUGUAGUCUGGGAGGGGCGGGUACUCGUCCUCUUUGAACGGGAUCUGUGACAGACAGACUCAUGUUAGAUGAACGGUCAGGCUGGACCUGAGAGAAUCAGGGGAAGCUCCUGCAGGCCGUUGUGAAUAACGAUACCCAGGCAACACAAACGACGCAUCUUACUGCUCCCACCGUGGUUUACAAGAUGUAACAUAAAGCCUCCACAAGAGGGCGUUCGUGUACACGUUUAAGUGCCUGUUAAAAUCAUCCGUGCCUUUUA